AUGGCGUCGUGCAGCUGGGGCUGCACAGGGCGGCGGCACUGCACCGCUGCGGAGGAGGCGGAGACGGAGCACGCGGACGAGGACUCCGCCUCGUCCUCGAGCUCGGACGAGGGUGACAGCGGCAGCAGCUCCGGCGAGAGCGCGGCGGGGGCCGCCGCCGUGGCGGGCUACUCCGAGCAGGACGAGCUGCUCUUCGACGUUGAGCACCUGCGCUGGGGCGACAGCCGCGAGGAGCGGCUGUCGCGGCUCGGCGCCGGCGUGGUCGCGUCCGCCCGGGCCAGCGACGCAGAGCGCACGGCGCGGCUCGUCGCAUUGAGGGAGGCCAUCUCCGAGGCCGAGUCAGAGGGCGGCGUCGCGAGGCCGUCCCUGGAGCAGGCGCGCGGGAUCGUGGCGGCGCACUCGCGGGCCGGGGCGACGUGA